AUGGAGCCUGAAGCCAGAAGAGGAGAAAGGCCCACCUACAGAAAGCCAUAUCCAGCUUACAUUGAUCAGAUACCUCUAUCCCCGGGUUUCAAGGUACCAAACUUCACCAUGUUCAACGGAGAAGAUUCCCAUGCUUCAUCAGUUGAGCAUAUAGGCAGGUUCUCUGUCCAGUGCAUAGCCAUAUCUAGCUAA